AUGUGGACGGAUUUACGGACACUGUUACUUUUUCACUUGCUACUUCUGCGGCUUCAUUUCACCGGAGCAACGGAUGAGUGUGAAGAUGGACAGUUCCAGUGUAGUAACCUAAGGUGCAUACCGACCCUCUGGAGGUGUGACGAUGAUGACGACUGCUCAGACAACAGUGAUGAAGAGAACUGCCCCAGGAAGACGUGUGCCCCAGAGGAGUUUGCGUGCUUCAACGGUCAGUGUGUCCCUGGACGCUGGAGGUGUGAUGGGGAAGUGGAGUGUCCAGAUGGAUCAGACGAGGCAGAGGAGACAUGCAGCAAACAGACGUGCCCCCCAGAGAAGUUCGACUGCGGGGGAGCCACCAACAAGUGUGUGUCCCUUUCCUGGAGGUGUGAUGGAGAGAAGGACUGUGAGAACGGGGCGGAUGAGGAGGACUGUGCGGCUGGUGCCGUGAAGAAUCGGCUUCUCCUUCUCCACGGCUCCCUCUACGCUUCUGUCAGGAAGUGA